AUGGAGAACUCACUCGCUAUCUUACAUUUCCUUUCUCCACAUAUCCUAAGUUCCACCACUAAUCUCCCCAUAUUCUCAAUCAUCAGAGCUACUAAAACCCUCCAAACUCCCAUCUCUCCCAAUCACAAAAAAAAUCUACUUUCCUUACCUCCUCCCCUCCCACACCUCCUCCAAACCCAUUUCUCACCCACAAAACUUCCCACCCCUAAAAUCUCUUCCCAAAGUCCUCUUCUUACCCAAAAUUCUCUCUGAUCUACCCAAAGACCUAAUUAGUUAUUAAUUGACAAUGUAUUAGAUUUUGAAUUAAACAGGAGUAAUUUUUAAGAAGAUAAAAAGGCUGGAAAAGGAGGUCUUCAAGAGAAAUAGGCUAAUUUUGGAUUGAGGUGAUAGGUGGAGCGGGAUGGGCUUCUAAAGGCCUAGGUGAUGAGAUUGAGUGAGAAAGAGAAUCAGAGGCUUGGUGAGGGAGAAGGAUGAUGGGUUUGGACGGGUAGAGAAUAUGAUGGUUUAUUUUUUCUGAUUGGAAUAAGAAAAAUUCGGUAAAAUACUUUUAGAAUGUAUUAAAAUAAUCCUUGGCAGAGGUGAAAUUUAGAAAGAGUCUUUGGGAUUCGAAAAUUAUUAGUAAGAGCAGGUUAAUCAAACACAAGAAGAAAAUUACCAAACAUAAUCAAUUAGUUCACCAAUCUAUAUUUACGACAUUUCAAGUUGUAAUCAAGUUCGACACAAAAGUGUUCACAUAAAUAAUUAAAACCACUCUAAAUUAACUUUCCAAAAUCCCACCAUUAACUCCCCAAAACCUCAAAUUCUAUCUAAACACCUCAAAAUCCCUCUUCUCCAAGCCCAAAGCUAUACUUCCCUGCUGCCUGCUCCAAUCUGACUCUAAGCUUAAAAAAUUUAACUCUGAAGAGAAAUAUAGACUUUUAAGGUACAAAUUCUGCCUUAAGAAAGCCAAAAAAGGCUGAGUUUCAGCAGUGAAGAGGAGUGAGAGGGAAUGUUCUGUUGAGGCCUGGAAGGGGGAUUUGGGGACUGGGUUGAAGAGAGGGCAUUGGAUUUAGGGAAGGAAAUUAGGAUUUGGAUUCAACCGU